AUGGCGGCAACUGUACAAUUGUAUAAAUGUGGUUUUUGCACCAAUAUAUUUGUCGAUUUGGCUUCAGCACGUACACAUAAGUGCACAGGUUAGUGCCUAAAUUAUAUUCCAGCAAUGACUGUGAGAAUCAAAUGAAUUUGAUGCUAUUUUAAAGGAUAUUUAAGUUGUCAGUAAUACAGUCUAGCCUCUACACACGUAGACAAUGGUCUAGACACAGAAAUAUUAAAGAAAUCUCUCCUUCAAUUGUAUAUUUGUAGUCAUAAACCUGCAGCAUACUAUAUACAGCGAGUUGUUUGAUAAAAUAAAUAUAUACCUUUAUAAUAUGUACCUUAUAUAAACUUAUACAGUUAAACUGUAUGAUAGUGAUAAGACUUCUUACUGUAAUAUUACAGGGAAAGGCGUUCAACCUAAGCUACAAAAUGCAUCAGUUCCUCCAAGUCAAACUCAAACACAGAAAGGAGGUAUUUUGUCAUUUCACUUCAAUAAAAAAAUGCAAGGUGCCCUACCAGUGAUAUAUUGUAAUUGAUUUUACAUCUUAACCUUACAUGAAUAAGCUGUGGUAACUAAUUUUUCAUAUCUAUCUUGCAGGAAAAAGCUCAGUGCCAAAGCCACAAGCAGGUGUAUUUUUAUUAUCAUGAUGCCAUUUUGUUUCAAUGGAUUAUAGAUCAUUACAGAAAACACCCGACACUUGUACCCACAGAGGAUAUUAGAAGUUUGCCACCUCCCUGUUUUUCCCUUCAGCCAUUCUAGUACAAGUUACUAUUAUCACAUGUAGAAAGAGGCUGUAUUUUUUCUGGAAUGACCUAGCUAGACAAUGUGUUAAACUGUCCUACCACUGAUUUAUUCUAUUUUUUCAGGCGAUCACUCUGUGACCAUGCCACUAAAUGCACCAGUUCCUCCAAGUCAAACACAGAAACAAGGUAUUUUUUAUUUUGUCAUUUCACUUCAAUAAAAAAGCAAAAUGCUCUACCAGUGAUACAUUUUAAUUAAUGUUACAUCUUAACCUUGCAGGAAUAAUAUUAAGCUGUGGUAACCAAUUUUUCAUAUCUAUCUUGCAGGAAAUAGCUCAGUAACAAAGCCACAAAAUGUAUCUUUCCCACCACUUGAAAGUCGAACACAACAAGCAGGUAUAUUUUUAUUAUCAUGCCAUUUCAUUUCAAUGGUUCAUUACAGAGGACAUUAGAAGUUUACCACCUCCGUGUCUCUUCUUUCAGCCAUCCUAGUACAAGCCACUAUUACCACAAGUAGGCUGUAUUUUUUCUGGAAUGACCCAGUUGGGCAUUCAUACAUGGUGUUGAACUGUCCUACCACUGAUUUAUUCUAAUUUUUACAGGCAAAAGCUCUGUGACUGUGCCAUUAAAUGCAUCAGUUCCUCAAAGUCAGAUGCAGCAAGCAGGUGAUAUAUUAUUUAUCAUGUCUUUUCAUUGCAUGAGCAUUGUGCCUUUAGGCAUGUGGCACUGUACUCGAUUAUCUAAUCACACCCUCUUCAUGGCUAUUUAAAGGGGAGCGGGAAACUUAUAGUUUAGCACCUGAAUGAUUUUUAGAAUUAAGUUCUUUGUGGGUUUGCAUGGGGAUAAAACAUAUAAUACUAUUGUUUGUGGAAACACCACGUAAAUUUAUUACUGCAAAGAUUUCAAUCCGUAAGCCUGGAUCUUCAUCAUGCAGUGCUAAUAAUAUGUGGCUAGUUCAAUUCACAUGCCCUUUUCCAAUACCAAAGUGUUGUGAUUUGUUAGCUAGCGUCAUUUUUUAAUGAAAUGGUACAUCAACCCCCAUUUCAAAUUUUAGUCAAGCGAUUCUAAUUGAACUAGUCACAUAUUAUUAGCAAUGAUGAAGAUCCGGGCUUAUGGAUCGAAAGCUUUACAGUAAUAAAUUUAUGUGGUGCUUCCACAAACAAUAGUACGGUUUUAUAUGAUUUUUAGAUUAGUUUUACAAUCUAUUCAUUUCAGCUGCCCAAAUCAAUUCAUCGAAACUUAAACAUUAGGUACAUGCAAUGCAAUGUGGGAUAUCGAUCUAACAAAAAAAGUCUAUAGGCCUGGCCUAUAGGCCAACCUAUAGGUUUCUAUAGGAAACCUAUAGGUUUUUAUAGGCAAUUGGAACGUUUUCUAUAGGUGACCUAUAGGGAUGCCUAUAAGUCUAUAGAGCUCUAUAGGUGCCUAAAGGCUUCUAUAGGGAAUUGGAACAAUUUCUAUAGGAACGUAUAGGCCACCUAUAGACUUUUUUUGUAAGGGAUAUACAUGUGGGUCAAAUAUUCAUUGUCUGACAGUGAUGUGCCAUAAGCACUUUUAAGGUCUAUUCAUAUAUUAAAUUAUCUAUUUCAGGGGUGGAUCCAGCAACUAAGGUUUUUCUGGGGGGAGGGGGGUGCUGGGUGAGCAGCCGAGUGUUUUUUUAUUAGUCUUUAGGGGGUAGUGGGAGAACAUUCAAAUGAAUUGGAUUCCUAAUGACUUGAGCACCAAAGGUGCAAGCUCCAUAGGGGUUCAGGGGUAUGCCCCCUGGAAAAUGUUGAAAAUUAGAACCUGGGAAUGCCAUUUCCUGCAAUGUGGGCAUUGGAUUAUGAGCUUCAGUUUGACUUCAAAAAACGAAAAACCUUGAAAAUCAUGCCAUAUUUCUGACACCCCCCUUGUACCCCUGUUGAUCAAGGCCAACAGGGAUGUGCACGCAUGUGCAACCCCCUGUAAAUAUACCCCUGCUCUCUUUCAGAUACCAGAGGUGAAAAUGUUGUUUGGCAACGUGUCGAAACCUUGUUGCUAAUUGACCAAUAUAAAUCAUUCGAGGGGAAAAUCAAGAAGAAGAGAAACAUCUGUGGGCAAAGAUAGCUGAAAUCAUGGAACAACAUGGGUACUGUUAUACAGCUGAACAAUGUGAAGGGAGGUGGAAAACCCUUGUCAGAGGUGUAAAAAAGGUAGCUGAUCACAAUUCUAAAUCCGGAAAUGACCUAAAAACACAUCCAUAUGAAGAUGAGCUUGAGUUUUACUCUGAACGACCUAACGUUAAGCCGGCAUAUCUAGUUAGUAGCUCGGGAUCCUUGGUUGAUUUGGAAAGUAUUGAGGAAGAUAGUGAAGAAGAUAUUACCCGUUCCACAUCUCCUGUUCCUGCUCCUGCUCCUGCUCCUGCUCCUGUGAAGAAGAGACGUUCAAAUGUUUCUGAAGUCUUGGAUGUUCUUAAAGUCCACAUCCAAUCACAAAGUGAUAGGCAUCAAGAAACAUUGCAAAGGCAAGAGCAGAUGCACCAGGAACGAAUGACAGUAAUGAAAGGCUUUCUUGAUGUGUUCAAAGAUAUGAAGAACUAA